CCUGCCAUGAAUGCAUGGCCUCAGGUUACAAACUCUGUUACGAAUGCCAUGGAAGGGGAAGGGUUUGUUGUACAUCGUGUAACGGUUCUGGUAACAGUACCGAAUACCGUGAUGGGCAAUCACGUAGCGUAAGCUGCACGUGGUGUUGUGGAAGUGGAACGAGAACAUGUGACACGUGUCAUGGCCAUGGACAUGUGAUAUGCUGGAUAUGUCUGGGGCAGACGCAACUUAAGUGGUUCAUUCAGCUUACGAUCACGUGGUGA